AUGAGUCGACGCAACAAUAACGUCCAAGGUCCAACCUCUGCGCUCACAGAGUUCUUGAAGGAGCACGGAAUCACCAGCACUCUGAUUGCCAGGAGAGCCGCGACGCGACAGACGCAGGACGAAGCAGCACCGGCACCAGCACCAGUUGCUGGGCCCAGCAAUGCACCAGCUGCUGCAGAAGCGAGCUCGAGCUCCAGGAGACGUAGGAGGACUACGAGGGGGUCUGGGUACGCGUCGGAUGAGCUGGACGAGCCUGAGAAGGAGGAUGAAGAGGAGGAGGCCACACCCGCAAAGAAACGAAAGCUUUCCAAGGCUGCCGAGGCAAAAUUAAAAGCAAAGGAGAAGAAGAAGCGCGGCGUGAAGGACAGCGAUGACGACUACGAAGACGACGACGCGUACACUGCACCGUCCCGUGCCCUUGGACCCAAGCCUCCUGUCGGCAGUUUCGAGAAGUGUGCUACCUGCAACAAGCAGUUCACUGUCACAAAGUACACGAUGGCGGCGAACUCGGGAACGGGAUACCUGUGCCACCAGUGCGCAAAGGCAGGUGGACUAGACCCUUUUAAGAAGCCUGCUAUUCCGAAGAAACGCAGGCCGACGGAGAAGAGGAAUAUCAUUACGUUCGAGGAGAGACGGUUCCCGACGCUGGUCUCGCUCUGUAUUCAGCUCAUCACGAAACACAUCGACGAUGUCGAGGCUCUCGGAGAUAUUGGUGCAAUGAACGUCGAAGCUAUUUCGAAGGCUCUCUCGAAGAACCGUGGAUUAACUCCACAGAAUGCCCAUCUCUUCUACAAUCCCGCCAAUGCAUCUCUUACCUUGUUCGAUGCGACCAACCUCCCGUCCCCGGCUCUUGAGACCCUCGCCUAUCACAAUGCGAACUUGGUUUCUCUGCGUCUGGAUUUCUGCGGUCUUCUCGAUGACAAGGCGUUUGGCGUGUUCAGCACCGGCCUCCCUUCUCUGACGCGACUCGAGCUCCUCGGCCCGUUCCUCGUCCGUUCACCUGCAUGGCAGGCAUUCUUUAAGAGCCACCCCAAGCUCGAAGGCUUCCUUAUAACUCAAAGCCCACGCUUUGACGAGGCCUGCAUCAAGGUACUCGUCAAGAAUUGCCGUAAGAUCACCGAUCUGCGACUCAAGGAGAUCGGAAAGAUGAACGACGUCUUCCUAUCCGAGAUCAAGGUUCUCAAGUUGCGCCACCUCGACCUCGCGGACCCGAGCUUGUCCUGCAGCGAGAAGGCGAUGAUUGCCCUCUUGCGCGCCGUGGGCAAAACCCUGACGCACCUCAACGUCUCGAAGCACGACCUUCUGACCGAUGGGUUCCUCACCAAAGGCCUGCAAGCGCAUGCGAAGAAGCUUGACUCGCUCGUGCUUGCUCACCUUCCUGAGCUGACCGAUGAAGGCGUUGGUGCCUUCUUCCAAGGAUGGAAGGGCAACCCGCCCCUCCUCUCACUGGACAUGUCCCGCAAUGAUCUCCUCGCAGGCGCGGCUCUCAAGGGCGUGUUCAAGCACUCAGGCCGGCGGCUGGAGGUGCUGAACAUCAACGGGUGGAAGGACGUCCCUGAAGAUGAUCUGAUGAUUAUCGCGCACGUUGGUACGGAGCUCAGGAAGGUGGAUGUAGGCUGGUGCCGCGCGGUGGACGAUUUUGUUGUCAAGGCGUGGUUGGAGGGCGAAAAUCUACGUGGGGUGGUGCAAGGAGGCUGCAACCGCCUAGAAGAACUGAAAGUGUGGGGGUGUAAUCGUGUCACAGCUGCUUGUCCUCGCAGGAAGGGCCUCGUUAUCUUUGGGAUUGAGUCACAGACGUCUACCUAA